CAUGUUCUUGGACCAGAGCUAGAGAUCGAGAGUAUUGCUUUGGACAGUUUGUUCACAAUACUUCGAAGUCUUCGCGAAGUAGUACGUUGUAGGUACCUAAUGCUAUAUGAUUCAAUCUGCAUGCAAUAAAUACAGCUCUUCAAGCUCAGUUACCCCAUGCGCGGCAUCACUACCUUGAAAGUUCAAGGCGACACUAUUAAUUUGUGGAGUCAAUAGGCCUAAGUUUUACUAUCAUUUAGAAAUUUAACAUGUUUGAGGCACGGGCCCUCGCUGCAGAUCACAAAGAUUUGAUCCACGACAUAACGUUUGAUUACUAUGGGCGCCGUAUGGCCACAUGUUCUAGUGACCAAAGUGUGAAGGUCUGGGAUUUGAAUGAGAGUGGCGAGUGGGUCUGCACUUCCAGCUGGAAGACUCACUCGGGCUCGGUAUGGCGCGUUGUCUGGGCGCACCCUGAGUUUGGCCAGGUACUAGCCACGUGCUCCUUUGACCGCACCGCCUGUAUCUGGGAAGAACAAAUUGCCGAUAGCAGUAUUAGUCCGAAUGCGGCAAGGUCAGCCGGAUCACACUGGGUCAAGCGCGCAACGCUGGUGGACAGUAGAACGUCGGUGACGGAUAUUGCGUUUGCCCCGAAGCAUCUCGGCCUGCAUCUGGCUACCUGCUCGACCGACGGCUAUGUUCGGAUAUACGAAGCGCCGGAUGUGAUGAACUUGAGCCAGUGGACACUUAUGCAUGAGAUCAGUUGCAAGAACGGCUGCAGCUGCAUCACCUGGAAUCCAUCUAGAUCACAUCCGCCCAUGAUAGCAGUAGGCAUUGACUCAUCCAGCAGCAGUGGUCUGCUACAGAUUUUCGAACUCAAUGACUCCUUGAGACGAUGGCAGCGGAUUGAGAACAUUGUCAGUAUCUCUGAUCCCGUGCAUGAUGUUGCAUUCGCUCCCAACCUGGGACGGUCUUUCCACACACUAGCAGUGGCAUCGAAGGAUGUGAGAAUAUUUACUCUGUCUCCUUCGCGUGAUGCAUCGGCUUCUUACAGCAAGCUCGAUGUCCGGCAGCCGGCACAGUUUGAGGAAAGUGCGUCGCAGGUGUGGCGUGUGGAGUGGAAUGUCACUGGCACCAUACUGGCAUCAGCUGGAGAUGAUGGCUGUGUGCGAAUGUACAAAGCCAAUCAUCUGGACAAUUGGAAGUGUAUCAAGGUGCUGAAGGGGGACUUGAGCGAGGCGCAGGCUACAGCCGGCUCUGCUGUAGCUCCUGGUUCCACACAACCUAUUCGUGACACACCUGUCUGGUUGUCUGAUGUGCAGCAGCUGUAGACUCGUUUGUUUCGGCAUUGUGUUGUUCGUUUCACCUUGAUCUCCGCUCUUUUGACCGUCUCAUCUUCAACUCCUGAUAACAAGUCUUUCGCCACCUCAGCUUUUUUUUGUUUUAAUCUCUUUUGUCUUUUUCUACCCUGGCUGAUUUACCUACUUGCUGUACAUACGCUGUUGUAGAUGUUGAUGGAUUUGUGCUGGGAUACGUUCGCACUGGAACCUACUAAAUUAUCUAUGUAGUAUUGGCACUGUUCAUUUGUUUUGUGGAGCUUAUUUUCAGUCUUCCAUAGACUCUGUGUACUCGUGUCAUGUUUGUUGCUGUUGUGUGAAAAUGUUUUCUUAUUUUAAAAUGUUCUCUCUUCUUUCUUCGCUGUCACUGUACUGCCGCGUCGACAUCUUCACGAUGCUGUGAUUUGUGCCCGCCUUAGCUCUAUGUGCACAUAUCGUGUUCGGUUGUGUGCUAUGUGUGUUCAUCAUCGUACUGGAUAUUAUGUACACGGCUUAUGCAGCUGCUAUUCUGAAUGUGUCGUGGCACUCUGCAGAAAGAGCAGGUGUUUGCUUCUCUUGUUUUUUCUUCUUUCUUUAGGAAACCCUGUUCUAAUAAUUAUAGUAUUAUUGUUUUUCUGUUUACGUCAUCAUGGCUCAGUUCAUCCUGAUUUGUCAGUAGCAAUCUGGUGUUGCCAUUCUGCGCUUCUGCCAAGUUCUGGGUAUGCUGUUCUUUUCCUUCGUCUUGUACCAUCAAGAGUACAUAAACCUUAUGUUCUCUUGGUACCAUGCAUCCGCCUGUGGUUUCUAAUGUUAUUCCGCCAUUCGGUA